GUCGCAAGACCUCGCCAAACGGCGCUUUCCUUCGGCACCAAGUAAAAGAAAGGAGGGUGGAAGAGAGAGAGAGUCAAAGAGCGGAGAACGGACAACUAGUGAGAGAGAAAUAAUCCCACCAGAGGAAAGAUCAGAGAAGAUAAGAGAGAUCGAACGGGCUUCCAAAUUCUUCUUUUCUGGCGGAGUUGUUCGCCGUAUGUCGGAGAAAGAAAGAUUUGGGAGAGAAGGAAUGGCAUCGUGGGUGACUUGAUUGCAUCAUGCCACUAGGAAGAAAAGGCUGCGAAAUCGGCAUGAUGGCUCCCAUCCCGUAGCGGAGAUACUUGCCAAGUGGAGAGAGCAAAACAGGCAACCGGACUGUUCCAAUGAUGUUGAGAAAUAUGUCCGGAGAGUGCCUGCGAAGGGUUCUAGGAAAGGAUGCAUGCGAGGAAAAGGAGGCCCAGAAAAUUCGCACUGCAAUUACCGUGGCGUGAGGCAGCGAACUUGGGGCAAGUGGGUUGCAGAGAUCCGAGAGCCCAACCGGGGCAGUCGUCUGUGGCUUGGAACCUUUAACACUGCGUUGGACGCUGCUAUGGCCUACGAUGAAGCUGCGAGGGCUAUGUAUGGACCCUGUGCCCGCCUCAAUCUCCCUCAAUGUGACAUUGCAGCUAAAGAUACAACCUUGGGAGAUGCAGAAUCCUAUGAAUCGACAACAACCACGUCACAGCUUUCCAAUGCCUCCGGUCUUGAGGAGUCAGGAAUUAAGGCUCCAAAACUAGAAGCAGGAGAUAAAAGAAGAAGUAUUAACCCUCCUCAAUCAACUGCAGAACCUGUUAUGAGUAUGGUCAAGACUGAGGCAGAUGAGGAGCUUUUUAAGCAUUUUGAUUCCUUGCAGGAUCUACACCAGGACAUUGUAGGCAUUGAAGAUAUACUGGGGAAUAUGGACUUGUAUCCAUCGAGUAGCACCACCAUCACUCAGAAUAUGAAGAGCGAGAAAGACCAGGUUGGAGGGGUGGAUACAAAUACCAUCGGGCUUAAUGGCACUCCAUCAGCUCUCUCAUUCAGAACUCAGAGUCCAGAUGUGAAGAGCCCGGGAACCUGGUGUACUAUGGGGCAGACACCGGCUGACAUGGAUGAUGAUAACUGUGAUUUUAUCAAACAAAUGAGUCAAGAUAUGGAAUUCGGGUUUACCAAUGACCAGGGCAUUCCCGAGCUGGAAUUUCCCGACCCUAGGUUGUUCCCAGAAUCACAUGGGUUUUAGAGUUGGGGAGAUUUAGCUAUGCAAUUGGUCAUUUGCGUUCAUACUAAGAAAAGGUUAUUUGUGGUAAUUGAUAGAAAUAAGCUGGUCCUCCCUAGUUUUUUCAAGAAUGGGAACUUGGCUGCCAUGUCCUUUCAGUGUAAUAGGGUUAUACCUUUCUUUUGGCAUUUUUGAUUUUUGGCAUACAGUGGAGUGAAAACUUUCCAAGCAUGGAGGUUUGGAAUAAUGCAAGUGAAAUAGACUACCGUACAGUGUACUCUAAAUAAAGCUUCAAGUGGAUUAUACAUUUAAAGAUUUGAGGUGGUAUUAAUGAAGUUAUUCAUAGGGUUCAUGCUUUUAA